AUGAUGCGUGUUGGGUCCUGGCUGUAUGGCAAAAAGCCGGCCAAUGCAUCUCAGUUGAUAGAUUCUUCGGCUGAAUUAAGAGACUCGGCAACCUUUAUCCUGAACGACGACGUCGAUACUGCUGAGAAUGGCCUCGCUAAGGGAGACUCAACUUUUCACCAGUUGGGAAAAGGCAUGGUGGCCUUUGUUCGCGCAACUUUAGGGUUUGAACAGGACAUUAUGAGACAAGCAUCCGAGCGGUUAAGCGAAGCCGAAACAAGUGCCGCGAGCGAACAGUACCGCGCCCAGCAGAAUGCUGAUGCGCCGAAUGCCUUUCAUUCGGAAAUUUACACCCCCGGUACCGAGUAUGUUCUGUGCCAGGCCAUUGCGCAGCUCUUGAGCGCCGUGGUUGGGGUGUUGAAUGAGAGUUUGACGGAGAGUGUCAAGGCGUUCUACCGGUUGCGCAAGGCGUACAUUGCAUUGGAUACGAUCUUGAAAAUGGAAGAGAAGUUUAUGGAAGCCCACAGGCUAAAGCAGGGCAUCUCUACACGACCUAGUGACCUUUCCAAAUCGAGUGCCAGUUCCGAUGAGAAACUAGCGGAGAAGUCCAGCAUGGACUCGUCGAUCAAAGGGCCUUCGACUGUCAAUGGACUGCCCACUUUGGAUACGGAUCUCGCGAGAAAAGUAUCUGGAUUGUCAAUUGCCCAAGAAAACAGCUCUGAGCCGGUCUCGCGCACCUCCACACCUGGCGGCUCAAAUAUCACCCAUGACCCCGACUCGGACAUUUUCAAAAAUGAAAUCGACAUCUUCAUUCACUCGGGUGCCAAUUUCUGCUUUGGAAUUCUUCUCAUCCUCAUCUCGAUGAUCCCGCCAUCUUUCAGCAAACUCCUUUCCAUCAUUGGGUUCCACGGAGACAAGCAGCGGGGUCUGAGAAUGGUUUGGCAAGCUAGUAAAUUCCACAACUUGAUCGGAGCCUUUGCUGCUUUGGCCGUUCUGGGUUACUACAAUGGGUUUGUGCGGUACUGUGACAUCAUGCCAGAUCCGACUCCGGGCGAGGAUGAUGUCGAAGGCUACCCGGCAGAGAGACUUGUGACACUGUUAGCGGAGAUGCGCAACCGAUUCCCGGAUAGCCGGCUUUGGUUGCUGGAGGAAUCGCGUAUGGAGGGGGCGAAUAAGAACUUAGAUGGUGCAAUGGAGCUUCUUGCAAACAGCAAAAAGAGUCCUCUGAAACAGGUUGAGGCUCUUUGUGUGUUCGAGAAGAGUUUAAAUGCCUUGUUCCUGCACGAUUACAGCGCAUGUACGAGUGCAUUUAUCGAGUGCUCCGACCUCAACUCCUGGUCCCGAUCAUUGUAUUACUACAUUGCUGGAUCAUGCCAAGUCCUUCUCUACCGCCAAUGCCGCAAGACUGAUCCCAAAAAAGCCGAGGAACACGCCCAAAAUGCGAUCAAAUAUAUUCGCGAAGCGCCAUCGUAUGCAGGCAAGAAGAAAUUCAUGGCCCGCCAGCUACCAUUCGACGUUUUUGUUUCGCGCAAGGUCGCCAAGUGGGAGGCCCGGGCGAAGGAAUGGGGUGUUUCCCUGGUCGAUGCUAUUGGAGUGGAUCCCGUCGAGGAGAUGAUUUUCUUCUGGAACGGACAUAGCCGCAUGACUGACAGUCAGCUUGAGGAAUCACUGGAGCGACUUGCAUGGUGCGAGAGCGAGGAAAACCCGACCUGGUCCCGUGAAGGAGCUGAGGGACAGGCGAUCUUGGAUCUUCUGCGCGCUGCAGUAUACCGGUCUCUGUGCAAGACUGAGGAGGCUAAGGAGAUGCUCAAGACGAAGGUCCUAAACCAUGACAAGGCGCUGUUCAAGAGUCAUUUGAAUGAUAAUUGGGUUCUUCCGGCCGCUCAUUACGAGAUGGCGGCCAAUCUGUGGAAGGAGCGUCCCACUUACCGAGCCUUGCAUGGGUCCUCAGGCAUUGCCCAGACAUCGCAGAAUGCCGAUAAACCUGAUCGGUCAUUCACUGAAUCAGGAAGCCCCGGUACCUCUGAGGUCACCAAGGCCGAGAAAAAGCUGGUCCAUGACUGCAAACAUCAUCUGGAAACUGCAGCUAAGUGGGAAAGCUAUGAGAUGGAGGCCCGCGUUGGCCUAAAAGUAACUGCCGGUAAAGAGGCCGUGCAAAAGUGGGAGGCUAUGCAUGCAUCUUGA